CAUGUUUCUGGACCGCGCGCGUGGCUUCUCCCCGGCCGGCUCACGAACUUUUGACACGUGAAGGAUUAUGUUCCGUAGUCUGAGCUGUGAAGGCGCUGAGUUGUGUGUUGGGCUGAAACGGCGGCAGCAUGCCCAGCAGCUCCGGAGACAGAGUUAAAGCCGGAGCCUACAUCCCUGUGUCCAUCGCUGCGGGUCUGCUGGCCGGAUCCUCCACGCUCUUCUUCGUUUUCACGUGUCCUUGGCUGGCUGAGAAUGUGUCUCUCGCUUUCCCACCAUGCGUCGCCGUCACAUUCCUCUUUGUCAUGGCCAAUUUCACCAUGGCAACAUUCAUGGAUGCUGGUGUGCUCCCAAGGGCAAAUGAGGACGAAGACAAGGACGACGACUUCCGUGCUCCUCUCUAUAAGAACGUGGAGGUCCGGGGCGUCCAGGUUCGGAUGAAGUGGUGCGCCUCCUGCCACUUCUACAGACCCCCCCGCUGCUCCCACUGCAGUGUUUGUGACCACUGUGUGGAGGACUUUGACCAUCAUUGCCCUUGGGUGAACAACUGCAUCGGGAGACGGAACUACCGUUUCUUCUUCCUCUUCCUGCUGUCUCUCACCGUGCACAUGGUGGCCGUUUUCUCUGGAGGGCUCUUGUACGUGCUGGAGCACAUGGAAGACCUAUGGGCGCUGCGUGCAGCCAUCACCCUGGCUGUAAUGAGUGUGACAGGCCUUUUCUUCAUCCCCGUCGUCGGGUUGGCUUGCUUCCAUCUGGUCCUGGUGGCAAGAGGACGAACCACAAAUGAACAGGUGACUGGCAAGUUCCAAGGUGGCGUGAACCCCUUUACACGUGGUUGUUGUGGUAAUGUGGAAUUCGUCUUGUGCAGUCCAAUCACUCCAAGAUAUACUGGGAAGCCAAGAAAGAAAAGGCCUGUCCGUGUGCAGCCUCCGUUCCAAAAACCUGAAUCCCUCAAAAUGUCGCCAGUCAAAGUUGGGGACAACGGGAUCCAAAACAAAAUGCUUCCCACAAAGCGUCAGUCCCCAGGAGUGCUGGACGUUCCUGAGUUCAAACGGCCGAACACUCCACCGCCUCUGCCCCCUAAACCCGACCCGGUACUGCUCAAGAGCCACCUGGCAGCACUGGAAGAGAGCUUACUGCACUCCAAGACUGCAGUGCCUCCUGGCCAGAACAUGAGCAAAAUAGGUCCGAUUUUCGAGUCGCCCUCCAGAGUCCAUUACCAAGUUCCCAGGGAACAGAUGAGUAAGAGGGAGAACCCCCAGCUCCAGAUGACCAGCAGGUCCCAGGAUCAGUCCUCCGAGUCCAGUCUGGAUCAGCUUGACAAGCAAACUCCAAUCUCAGCCCACUCGCUCCUGCAGUCCAGCACACUGCCUCUGAACUCGCUUACCCUCAACUCCCGUUCACUCAGCCUGAAACACGCCCACCGCCGAGGGGACCGGGCUCACCUGCUUGGUCAGCGCCCCCAGGCCAUUGCCUCCCGUCCUGCCCAGAGCGUCCUCAGCGGGCGUGCUGGCAGCCUCUCCUAUGACAGCCUCCUCGGCCCAGCCGAGCUGCCCCAGCGGGGUGUGUUCCCUCUGGCUUACCGUGCUCCCUUCCUCCCCAUGGACCUGGGCAGAAGUCCCACCGAACGAUCCCCCCGAGCUUGCAGCCCUGUUUUCAUGACCGCGAGCCGGCGGUCGCCCCAGCACCGUGAGUCCUCCCCUGUGCGCUACGACAACCUCCCUAAAGGCCUCAUGGGUUCCAUUCAGGAGCUGGAGGAGCGCGAGAAACAGCAGCAGCUGCUGCUGCUGCCUCAGGCUCGCCCACAGCCACCCAUCCAGGACGCUCUGGGCAUCUAUGACACGCCUGGACGGAGGAGCCUGCCGCACGAGCCACCGUCUCGCGGUCCUACGCCGCCUGCCUACGGCUCCCGGGAAUUCCUCAUGAGCAGUGCGGCGUAUGGCUAUAGCAGCCGGACUCAAACGGCCAGCUCCUCCACUUCCUCGCUGAGCCGCACCCCCAGGACUUCCACCUCGCCUCUGGGCUCUAAUGUGACCCUUCAGGGCCGCUCGCUGUCCCCCUCAGUCUAUCGUUCCCUGGAGCGUCAGGCUCAGCGCUCACCCUCCAGCAUGCCCGGCCCACUGCCCACCUCCUCUUACGCUGCCCACAAAGCGCUGGCCUUUAUCACUACCUCAGAGCGGAGAGACUCAGAGUCCUGA